AUGAGCGGGGGGGUGACAGUCGUUGCAUUUUCCACCGCCGGCGACACCAAGUCAUUCGAUAGGCGAUCCCCUCGGACGAGCCUGUUGGGCUGCCCCCUGCGCCCACGCCUGGGAUGGGGGGACGGGGCGCUCCGGCCAAAUCACUUCUCCCCAGUGGGUGGACAAGGGGGCGAGAGAGACGCCGGCAGCGAGUAUUUCGGGGAGAAGAAAGCAGUCCCGGGAGCUCGCCCCCUCUCUCAGCCACCUGCCUCGACUGCGUCCCUAUGGGGCUCCCGCACGGAAGCAGAAUCGGAGCUGGGGAGGGCGUUUAUCCCUCCCCCCCGGACACCCUCGCAGAUUACUUUCCAGAGGGUCUCCAUUAAAAACUCACGUCCCCCUCCGAGCGCCCCUUUCUUCCUUCCCCAGCAGCCGCCGGAGCGGGAGGGGGGAACACACACACACACGUACGACCCGGGGGACUGUGGCUGCCCAGGGCUCCCCUGCCGGCCUCGCUGCAGGGGCUUUGCCGCCCGCCCCCCGCCGGGCCCCGCUCUGCCUGAGGCGGCGGUGAGUGGCUCCCCGGUCCCGCCGCCCCCAGCCCCGCUCGGCGGUGGGGGAGGCAGCCAGGGAAGCCAUUGCCUGUUUAAUAGUUGCUGUUGCAGCACUUCCGCUUCUCUCCCAGCGAGAGAGACACGAGUGGCCAGGCCCAGCCGCACUGAGGAGGAGCAGCCAGACACAAAGGGAGAGACAGAGAAAGAGACAAGCACGCCUAAGAAGAAGGAGAGCAAAGUCAGCAUGAGUAAAAACUCUAAGCUGCUAUCCACCAGUGCCAAGAGGAUUCAGAAGGAAUUGGCUGACAUCACCUUAGAUCCACCUCCAAACUGCAGUGCUGGACCCAAAGGUGAUAACAUCUACGAAUGGAGAUCAACCAUUCUAGGACCUCCAGGUUCAGUCUACGAGGGAGGCGUUUUCUUCCUUGACAUCACAUUUACACCAGAAUAUCCUUUCAAGCCUCCAAAGGUAACGUUUCGGACAAGAAUCUACCACUGUAACAUCAACAGCCAAGGCGUCAUCUGCCUGGACAUUUUAAAAGACAACUGGAGCCCAGCAUUAACCAUUUCUAAAGUUCUCCUCUCCAUCUGCUCCCUCCUCACAGACUGCAACCCAGCUGACCCCCUGGUUGGAAGUAUUGCCACUCAGUAUAUGACUAACAGAGCAGAGCAUGACAGAAUGGCCAGACAAUGGACCAAAAGAUAUGCUACAUAAAUUGGAUUUUUGUCUAACUUGCGUUGUCUGUCUGUGAUGGAAAGAGCUGCUUAUGAUUUUGAAGGGGUGGGGGGAGGGGGGGUGCUGGUAAAGAGUAGGGUAUUUCUAUAACAGAUUUUAUUCAGUCUUUUAUUUCCUAAGAUUUUGUUGUUGUAACUUAAGGUAUCUUGCUACAGUAGACAGCUAGGAUUGGGAAUAGCAUAUUUUAAAGACUGUAAUUAGUUCAGCAAUAUUAGCUCACAUAUAGUACCGAGAAGAAUGUAAACUUCUUAGACUUCUUUGGUUUUCAGUUUGCUUGCAAUAUGUAAAAGAUUAAAACAGCUUAAUUUUGUACAGGUACAUAUGUUGACAUUUAUGUAAAAGUCCUUUCAAGACUCUACACACUGUUUUUGUUUUUUGUUUUGUUUUUGGUUUGGGGGGUUUAUUUUGUUCUGGGUUAGGUUUCUUGGGGUUUUUUUUGUAAAAAGAUGUUGGGAUUGUUUUCCCCUAUGGAGGGCACAUUGGUAUUUAACAAAUCCUUUUUAAAGGCUGUCAUCUCAUGAUCUGUGAUACGGAGAGGUGGAUAUAUGGCCUCAUAUAUGAAAUGAGAAGUAGUUAAUGUAUUAUUUUAUAAGCCAAUCUAUCUUUGUGAAAAGAAUAAAGGGUUUAAUCAGGA